AUGCAGUACACUCUCUUCACUCUAUUGGCGGCGGCCGCAUCUCUUGCCUCAGCGCAGAGCUCCUCUUCCGUCGGCCAGGUCAUCCCCAUCGGCGGAAACUGUGUCCCCAACGGCACACCCUGUGCUAUGGGCGCCAGCUGCUAUGCUACGAACUCGAUGCUCCAAACUGUUUGCGGUAACUUCCAGGCCUCCUGCACCAGCAACCAGCAAUGCGCUUUCAACACAUGCAACGGGGGUCUCUGCAACGGCUUCCUUGCUUCUUCCUCCGCCUCCUCGGCAAUGCCUACCAUGACAUCCGCAUCGUCCAGCACAGGAGGCUUCCAGCCCCGCCCCUCAUCCACCGUCACAGCUGCUGCUGGCACUCUUCCGCUCGGCGCCGAGUGCAAUGCUUCCGCAGCUCAGAGCCAGUGUGGUGCCGGUGUCCAGUGCUAUGCCAGCAACUCCGGUCUGAUCCCCAGCUGCGGCAACUUCAAUGCUGCUUGCACCAGCAACUCGCAGUGUGCGUUCAACACCUGCAACGGAGGUCUCUGCAACGGCUUCCUCGCUUCCAGCGCAGGCAACGGUACCGCCACUGCUUCCCGCUCCAUGACUGCCUCUCACAGCGCCACCGGUACCGGUUCCAUGGCCGCUUCUCGCACUAGCAGCAUGGCUGAGUUCACCGGCGCUGCGACUGUUGCUACUAUGGUCCCCGAGAUCAUGGCCGUCAUGCUGGGUGUUGCCGCUUGGGCGUUGUAG